CAAGUACAAAUGUCUGUGCAUACGCGGUCGAUCGCUGUUCAACACUGCCAAUCCACAAGCCAACAGCUGUUCGCGGGUCAGGCCAGAAUAUUUGGGCUUGUUUAUUGGCCCUAACAAGUGCAAAAACGAUAAAUUGAUAGUGAUAGAUGCCACGCAACUGUUUCGUUAACACAUGCUGCAGUCAUCAGACUGAUACACACCUGCGCCCAUGCAGCACCUCGCCCAGCGGCAAACAAACAGCACGCACUAUUGAUUGGAACCACCUGUUAGAACGCUACGACGCGAGAUUCCCACUCCCCAAAAAAACGGAAUUACUCGGCCACGUAUUCGGGUAUCAGUGUUCAACAUGCUGCGACUCCAGCUGCCUCGAUUACCGCCGAAUAUGUGGACGUUGUGCGUGCAGGCGGCUUUGAUAGCCACCUUGGUCAAGAGCUCGGUGUCCCUUACGGACAAUCUGGUUGGCCGAUUACAGACCUCGUACAACCCGAGCAAGCUAUCGGAAUCAAAAUUCCUGGAAUACAGCAAUCUGUCGAACAAACUCCACUUGCGGGAAGCCAUCAACCACAUACUGAUUCCACGAGUGGUGGGCACCGGAAACCACAGCCUCGUGAGGCAGUACAUCGUGCAGAGCCUGAAAGACCUGGACUGGCAUGUGGAGCUGGACAGCUUCCAUGAUACGGCCCCCAUUAUGGGGCAACUGCAUUUCCACAAUAUCAUUGCCACCCUGAAUCCGGACGCAGAGCGGUAUCUGGUCCUGGCCUGCCACUACGACAGCAAGUACAUGCCGAAGGCGGAAUUUCUUGGAGCCACUGACUCCGCUGUGCCCUGUGCCAUGCUGCUAAACCUGGCCCAGGUGCUGCAGGAGCAGCUAAAACCGUUCAAGAAGUCCAAACUCAGUCUGAUGCUUUUGUUCUUCGAUGGCGAGGAGGCCUUCGAGGAGUGGGGACCCAAAGACUCAAUUUACGGUGCCCGUCACUUGGCCAAACGGUGGCAACACGAGGGAAAACUGGAUAGCAUCGAUAUGCUUGUUUUGUUGGACCUGCUGGGAGCCCCCGAUCCGGCAUUCUACAGUUUCUUCGCCAACACAGAAUCGUGGUACAUGCGCCUCCAGUCCGUGGAAACGCGUCUCGCGCAGAUUGAGUUGCUGGAGCGAUAUGCCAGCAGUGGGGUUUCUCAGCGGGAUCCCACGCGCUAUUUCCAGUCGCAGGCCAUGCGCUCCUCGUUCAUCGAGGACGACCACAUACCGUUCCUCAAGCGCAAUGUACCCGUUCUCCAUUUAAUACCAGUGCCCUUCCCCACCGUAUGGCAUACGCCCGACGAUAACGAAAGUGUGAUUGAUUAUGCGACGACGGACAACCUGGCCCUAAUUAUACGGCUCUUUGCGUUGGAGUAUCUGUUGGGCGGCGACCAGGCGAAGUAGGGGCCUCUUGUGGAGUUCCCCGCAAAUCAGAUAUAUGUAUGAUAUUUAUAGAUGUAGUAUAUACACGACGGCUUUAUCUAUCUGACUGUCCGAUAUCAAAAAUGUUGUUAACUAUUGUUAUUAGCUGUGGAAAUCAUGUGGAUCUUAUUGUUAAUUGACUAUUCUGGCCGGCCCUUUAGGCCUACUUAAGUGACCCUGCAAAUCUAAUGUCCAAAUAUUUGUAUAGAUAUUUAUCUAAAGAAUUGCUCAUCUAAUGGCAUGUUAAAUUGAUGUAUGUAUGUUUAAUUAUUUAUCGUUUGUAAAUCUGCUAGAAUUAUGCAUAACAUAACACAAUACAUAAUACAAUAAAUGUACCUAUAAAAAAAAGGGGAUUCAUUACACUAA